AGCUUAGCACUACCUUAGUAAUGUAAACAUGAACCGACUGAAAGGUUUGACGAUCACCUUUUUGUGGUACUUAGUAAUUAGUAGUAGUGUUAAUUUUCAUUUUGCGGAAUGUGCGAAAAAAUCAUCUUCGAGCCCACCUCCAUCCAGCAACCAUGUAGAGCCCGUUAUAGAAGAAGUUAAUGCAAAACAAUUAGAAAGGAUAUUACUGGAUAAGGAUUAUGUAGCUGUAUUCUGGUAUACCAGAAGUUGUGUCACAUGCGACAAAGUAUUGGCUGAGCUUGAAAAAAUUGAUGACGAGACUGAUUCAUUUGGUGUUGACUUUGUCAAAAUUAAUGACAAACGCUUGGCAAAACAAUAUGGAAUCAAAAACUUUCCCGCUUUGACUUAUUUUAGAGAAAAAGAGCCAAUCAUUUAUGAUGGUGACUUAAUGAACGAGGAAUCUCUUUUGGAUUUCUUGACAUCAUUGGAAGCCAUGGAUUUACCUGACCGCAUUGAAGAAGUUAAUGGUAAAAUAUUGUCUAAAAUUGUCGAUGACACUGAAUACAUUGCUGUGCUAUUUUGUAAGUAUGCAAUAUUAUUUAUCGUUUUUCAAACUGAGUACCACUAUUUUUGUGUAACAUACAUAGAUAAAUCUGACUGCAAGAAGAGCGCAAAAGCCUUGAUGGAACUGGAAAACAUUGACGACGAAGCAGACCAAUUGGGAAUCGCUUUCGUUAAAAUCAAUGAUGAGGAAUUGGCCAAUGAAUACAAUUUGGGUGAAUUGCCGAAAUUAGUUUAUUAUCGCCAUCAAAUUCCUAUCAUUUACGAAAAUUCGUUGGCUCGCGAGGAAGAUGUCUUAGAAUGGUUAAUUGAAAAUAAAUCUACAGGAGAUGAUGAUGAUGCUAUUGAAGAUAUUAGUAGUGGACGCACUCUCCAAACCCUGAUAACAAACGCAGAAAGGCUUGUAGUUUACUUUUAUAUUAAAGACGACGAGAAAUCUGAAACAAUUCUAAACGAACUUGAAAAUAUCGACGAUGACUUGGACAAACACGGAGUUCAGUUAGUAAAAUCAGAUUACAACAAUGCUUUGCCAGCUUAUGGAGUAAAAAAGGUACCCGCCUUGGUUUAUUUUGAAAAACAAGAGCCUCUUGUAUACUCUGACAACUUGGAGGACGAAGAAGAAGUACUUGCAUGGUUACAGGAACAAUUUGGUAGUGAAGAGAUUGAAGAUGUAACAAGUGAAGGAUUAGAAGAGUUAGUAAAGUCAGGAAAAUCAGUGUUGGCCUUGUAUUACGAUAGUAAUGAUAAAAAGUCUAGUAAAAUUCUAGAUUUGUUAGAAGAUAUUGAUGAUGAUCUAGAGGAAAUGGAUGUGGAGUUUGUUAAGAUUGAUAGUCACGAGGAAUUAAAGGGAAACAAAGGUCAUCUCAAACUCGUUCUUUAUGAAAAAGGAAUCCCACAAAAUUACGACGGAAAUAUUGCAAACAAAGAUGCUAUACUAAAAUGGGUUCAAGAGGAAACAAAUUCUGACGAGAUCGAGGAUAUCACGGAUGAAAUGUUGGAUGACAUCAUCGAUAAAAUGGGACAUGUAGCAGUUUUGUUUUAUGACAAAGAUCAGAAGAAAUCCAAAAAUGUCCUCGCUGAGUUAGAAAAUAUUGAUGAUGAAUGUGAUCAGCACGAUAUCGCCUUUGUUAAAAUUGACGAUGAAGGUGAAGCUAAAGAAUGGGGAAUAGAUGAAUUUCCAACUCUUGUCUUUUACGAAGAUGGUAUUCCACAUGUUUAUGAAGGUGACCUUAUGAAAGAAGAAUCAGUCCUUAACUGGCUGAUUCACCAGAAAAAAUUCGAAGAAAUUCCUGAGAUAACAGAUGAAAUGAAAGACAAAUUGAUUGAAACAGAGGAACAUCUAGCUGUUAUAUUUUAUGACAAAGAAGACAAACAAGAUAUCAGGAUUUUGAAUGAGCUAGAAAACAUCGACGAUGAAUUAGAAAAAGAAGGCAUUGUGAUAGUUCGAAUGGAUGACGAAGAUGAGGCAAAAGAAUAUGGUUUGGAUGCUUUACCUGCUCUUGUUUACUUUGAGAACCAUAUUCCCACCAUCUAUGAAGGCGAUUUGAUGAACGAAGAAGAAGUUCUUGAAUGUAGUCAAGAAGAUGAUUGUGAAAAUAGUUUCUGGGAUUCAUUGCUUAUCAAUCAAAAAAAUUCAGAUACUAUUGAAGAAGUCACCGACGAAAUUCUCCUAGAUUUGAUCAAUGAACACGAAUAUGUAGCCGUUUAUUUUUCCGGAGCAUGCGACGAAGGAGACAAAUGCGAUAAAAUUUUGGACGACUUAGAAAAUAUUGAUGAUGAACUCGACGAGGCAGGAAUUUUGUUUGUUACAACUGAAGAUACAACUUUAAUAAAGAGAUUUAAUAUUAAAAACCCACCUCAAUUAGUCCUCUUCCGGAACAAGGAAGUUUUAUCCUACACAGGAGAUUUGAGUGACGAAGAUGAAGUGUUGGCCUGGUUAACAGAUGAAAACACUUUGGAAAUACCUGGAAAAAUUGAAGAAGUCAACACAAAGAUGUUGGAUAAAAUCUUAGCCGAAAACGAUUAUGUAGUUGUUUUCUUCUAUCUUGAUGGAGACAAAAAGGCGCAUAAAAUUCUCAAUGAAUUAGAAAACAUUGAUGAUGAAUGUGAAGAAAAAGAUAUUAGUUUUGUCAAAACAUCGGAUGAAGGAAUCGAUGAUGAAUAUGAUAUUCAAUCGAUGCCAGCUCUUGCAUUUUACAGACAUAAAAUCAGGACUAUGUAUACAGGAAAUCUCAUGAAUGAAGAUGAAAUUUUACAAUGGGUUCUAGACUUGUAUGAGUCAAAAGUCGAUGUUAUUGAGUCCGUUGACAGGAAAACAUUACAAGUUCUUAUCCGUGACAACGAUCACUUGGCCGUAUUAUUCUAUUCGGAUGACGAUUGUGAUGAUUGUGAACAAGUAUUGGAAGACUUAGAGACCAUUGAUGAUGAUACAGAUAAACAUGGUAUCUUAUUCGUUAAAUCCGAUGACGAAAAAUUGGCUCACGAUAUUGGCAUCUUUUCAUUUCCAUCCUUGGUAUAUUAUGAAACGAGUGUACCAAUAAUGUACGACGGUAAAUUCACUGCUGACGAUGUUUUAAGUUGGAUUAUUGAACAAAAAACAGAUGAGAGCAUCGAUGAAGUGGAUCGAGCAGAACUUCUGGAACUAAUUGACUCACAAGAUUUCCUUGCGAUAGUAUUCUAUGAUGAAAAUGACGAAAAGGCUCAAAUUACGUUGAGACAUAUUGAACUUAUUGACGAUGAAGCUUCCGAAUAUGGAAUAAUGAUUGUAAAAUGCACAGACAAAUUAAUGGCAAAGAAAUAUGGCUAUCGAGAUCUUCCUGGAAUAUCUUAUUUCCGAAAAGGCAAACUAAUAAACUAUGAUGGAGACAUAGAUGACGAGGAAGAACUUCUCGACUGGUUAACAAAUCCCGACAAUAUGCAGCUAACAGAUCGAAUCGAAAGCGUCAAUAAACGAAUGUUUCAAAAAAUCAGACAAACCUCCGAUUAUGUUGCAGUUUUCUUUUAUAGUGAAGACUGUAAGCAAUGUGCAAAAGUUUUAACCGAAAUUGAACACAUAGACGACGAAGCAGAUGCAUCUGGUAUUAAUUUUGUAAAAAUACAUGACAAAGACAUGGCAAAGGAAUUUGGUAUUUUUGCCCUACCCGCGAUUGUAUUUUUCAAAACGGGAUCAAAGGAACCUCUAAUUUAUGCAGGUGACCUUUAUGAAGAAGAGUCUAUCUUGAACUGGUUGCUCACUCAACGAAAUCCAUCCGGUGACUUUAUUGAAGACUUGGAAGGGGCAAAACUACGAUCCUUGAUUGAAGAGUCCUCAUCUAUUGCGGUUUAUUUUUAUACUGAUGAUUGUGAGCAGUGUGCCGGAAUCUUGGAAAAACUAGAAAAUAUUGAUGAUGAUUGUGACCGACACAAAAUUACGUUUGUAAAAACACAGGACUUUGCAGUGGCAGAAUAUUAUGGAGUAACGGAUUUUCCUGUUUUGCUAUAUUUCGAGGACAACGUUCCAAAUGUCUACGAAGGACCACUCAAUGAAGAAGAAGAAGUAUUACAAUGGCUCAUACAACAAAAGACUGAGGAACGGAUUGAAUUGAUUACACGUGUAAUGUUAGAAAGCAUGGUGGACGAGACCCAAUAUCUUGCAGUAUAUUUCUACAAGCCAAAUUGUAACAUUUGUGAUCAAAUCUUGGAGAGACUAGAGCAAAUAGAUGAUGAGUGCGACGUUUUUGGCAUUCAUAUGGUCAAGAUUCAGGAUGCUCAGUUAGCCAAGCGUUAUUCUAUCAAAACUUUCCCGGGGCUUGUUUAUUUCAGAAAUGGAAAUCCACUUUUAUUUGAAGGAGAUUUAAACAAUGAGCAGUCAGUUUUAGAAUGGUUAAUCGAUGAUUCCAACAGAGAACUUGCUGAUGAAAUCGAAGAAGUAAAUGAUCGUAUGCUGGAUCGCUUAAUGAACGAGUCACCACUAUUAUGUGUAUUUUUUUAUGACGAAGACUGUGUCGAAUGUGAUGCUAUUCUGGAAGCACUUGAAUUGAUUGAUGGAGAAGCAGAUCAAUUUGGAAUUGACUUUGUUAAAAUUGCUAAUGUAGAAGCUGCCCACAAAUAUGGUGUAGUAAACAUUCCAUCAUUAGUCUAUUUCAGAAAACAAAAACCAUUGUUGUAUGAUGGAGAUUUACUUCAACAUGAAAAAAUUCUCAGUUGGUUGACAUCACAAGACAUUUUUGAAAUAAAGAAUGAAAUAGAAGAAGUCAAUAAGAAAAUGCUCGAUAAAUUACUUACCGAAAAUGAAUUUAUAUCUGUGUACUUUUAUGAACAAGAUCAAGAAGAAAGUGCUGUUGUUUUACAAAAAUUGGAAAACAUCGAUAGUGAAACAGACAAUUUAGAUAUAACUUUUGUAAAAAUGUCUGAUGCUAGGUAUGCUCGAAAAUGGGGUGUUGCUAAGCUUCCGGCACUAGUAUACUUUAGAAAACGUUUUCCAAGUAUAUAUAGAGGUGACCUUCACUCGGAAGAAGAUGUUCUAGAAUGGUUACGUAAGAACAGAUUUAGACAACCAGAGCUCAAUAUUUUCAUGUACAUUAUCAUCGCAAUAGCUAUAGGGUUCGUUAUUUAUACAGCAUUCUUAUUACGCUGUUUCAAAGUGCCACCAACACCUCCACCGGUCCAACCAGUUAAAGGAUAAACUACUAUGUCACGGAACAAUAAUCUUACACUCAAAGAAAAUUUUGUAUAAUAAAUAAAGAAAAUAAAUUUUACCAAAUA